UUUCUACAGGAGUGGGAACUGCUAAAAGCACAGGUGGCAGAGGUGACGGAGUGUCUUAAGAAAGCUCAGCUAGAAAGAGACGCAUACGCUCAACAACUCAGAACAAAGAGGGCAUGGUGGCAGCAGCAAAUGCUGAAAAUGGCAGGAGAAGUGGAAAUAUUCAAAAUGGAGAAAAGGCAGGAUGCAAUUAAAAUCGAGGAGCUGAAGGGGAGCCUUGCCCACCUACAAAACCAUCCGGCUGAACCCCCAAUCCUGAAGCCCCCAGCAGGGCCCUCUGACUUGGAGAAGAACCUAGAAACUGAAACCAAGUACCUAAGAGACAAGCUGCGGGAACAGGAGAGACUGCAGGAGGCAAAAAUGAGGCUCUGGGAGCAGUAGGUGAGGCUGAGAGAACAGGGGGAGAGGCUUCUUGAGCAGGAGGGGCUCCAGGAGCAGGAGGAG